AUGCCUGACAAGCAAUCGCCAGUCAUCAUUCUUGGAGGUGGAGCUUGGGGUCUAUCAACCGCACUCCAUCUGAGUCGCUCAGGUUAUCGCGAUAUCACUGUGUUCGAGCGGGCAGAGACAAUUCCCUCUCCAUAUUCGGCCGCCUACGAUCUCAACAAGAUUGUCCGUCCUGAGUACGAAGACCCAUUUUAUACUGGUCUAGCACUAGAAGCCAUAGAGGCAUGGAAGACUCCUCUCUUCGGCCCUUACUUCCAUCAAACGGGUUACAUCGUUGCUACGACUGGCGCUGCCCCUCCAAAGGCCGUUCACCACCUCCAGGCGGCUCUCGAGACUAUUCAAGCGAACCCAGUCUUCAGCUCCAAAAUUACAGCUUUGAAUGGUAAGAAGGACUUUCAGGACUUUGCAUGGCAGUUCUCAGGACCCUUGCACGGCUUUCGGGGCUACUACAAUCGACUGGCAGGGUAUGCCCAUUCCUCCAAUGCCCUCCAUGCCGUCUGGCUCCACUUGGCUGCAAGUGGUGUAAAGUUCAUCCUUGGGGACCGUGCCGGAAGGGUGGAGCAGUUGCUAUAUGACAAAGACUUACCCAUCGCCAAUCGUCGUUGCAUCGGUAUCAAGACUGCAGACGGCAAAGUUCACAAGUCCGCGACCACGAUAUGCGCACUGGGCGCACAUGCUGCUUCUCUGAUUCCGAGCCUCGGUCGCUUCACAAUGGCUAGGUGCUGGUCCGUCGCGCACAUUCAACUGAACGCAUCCGAAGUUGACCUACUCCGUGGCCUGCCCACCACCAACGUGCGUGACCUGGGUUUCUUUUUCGAACCAGAUCCCGAAACGCGCCUUUUCAAGCUGUGUCCCCUUGGUGCAGGCUACACCAACACACUAGAGUCUGGCGUGUCGCUGCCACCAGCGGAUCGUCUACCACCGCCUCAAGACUUCAUCCCAGCUGCAGAUGAGCGUAAAUUGCGAAAGCUCCUCCAAGAAGUGUUUCCCUGGAUGGCAGACCGACCCCUGGUUGACCAAAAGCUGUGCUGGUUCGCGGACACGAUUGAUUCGGAUUUCUGCAUCGAUUUUGUACCCGACACGCAGAGGUCGUUGUUGGUGCUGUCAGGCGACUCGGGGCACGGUUUCAAGAUGAUGCCAACGUUUGGCGAUUGGGUAGUAAGCUUGUUGGAUGCUGGAGAGCAAACUGAAGCACGAUGGCGCUGGAAAGACGUGGACACAAGAUCGCUAGACUGGGCGGCCGCGGUCAGUUGGCGUAUUGGCGAGACAAGGGAGCUCAAAGAUCUCAUAGCGGAGAAGAAGAGGUAG